GAGGGAGGGAGGGAGGGGAGAGGCCCCUUGCCCCUCGCUGGGGAAAGAGCAGAGCCGCAGGGAGCCCCACGGAAGGGCCACGGAAGGGCGGGGAGGAGAGGCCCCUCGAAGCCCAACCAGGUCGGAUAAAUGCCAAUACUAACAUGGAGAAGAAGACAGAGGCACUGCAGGAAGAAAGGGUAGCUAGAGCUCUCCGACAGACGGUGUCAAGGCUGUUAAUCCGGAGGCCCAGACAGUUGAGACAUAAACCUGGUGGCAAGCAGGCGGUCGCCAUCUGGGGAAGGCAAAGAUCAAUCCCUUGUGAUGCUGAACUUCAAGAACUGAUGCAACAAAUUGACAUAAUGGUUAACAACAAGAAACUAGAAUGGGAAAAGAGGCUGCAAUCCUUAGAAGCAAAAAUGACAGUCCGGGAUCAGGAAUUAGCAAGUGCCCAAAGCAAGUUAGAACAGAAAGGUCAAGAGGUUGGGGUCCUAAGGCAGAAGCUGGACAACUUGCAAAAGUCAAAAUAUGAAUUGGUUGAGAACUAUGACACUCAGCUUCAAGCCCUGAAAACUCAAUUUUCCAAGCUGACACAGAGCUAUGAAAAGUUACAGCUGCACCAGUUAAAACAAAAUAAAGCUCAUGUUGUGGAGACAUUUAAGGAAAAUGAAGAUGUGCCUUUCCAAAUGAGCAGUUUAAACCAGAAAUUGGAAGAAUUCAGAGCAAAAUCAAGGGAGUGGGAUAAACAAGAAAUGCUGUAUCAAAACCAUCUAGUUUCUUUAGAUGCUCAACGGAAAUUAUUGUCUGAGAAAUGUAAUCUAUUGCAGAGGCAAACACAGAAUUAUCAAAUCCAGAUACACUAUCAAAGGCCCAAAGCAGAAGAUACAGAUCCUGGCAACCAGUGCAAAACUGAACAUGUCGGUGUUCAGUGUGAUGAUUUGCCUGAGCCCGUAGACAGGAGUGACCUCUUUAUGGAGAAACUUCAGUCAACUGUGAGUGAAAUUGCAGAAAGCAGGAAUAGGUUGCAAGAGGAAAAUCUAAAAUUCCGUCAGGAAGUAAAAAUGUACCAGAGGAGGUGCCAGACUAUCGAAGCCAAGCUUACAGAAGUGACAAAUGACCUGAAGUCACGAAACGAUCUAUUGAAUAUGGUACAAAUGGAAUGCCAGCGGUUGCGUCAAGAAGUAACCAGACUUGAAGAGCUUAAAAGCAUAGAAGCGAGUCAAGUAAAGCUUCAAUCAUCUUAUGCUCAAUGUGUCAAGGACUUGGAAAUAAAGAAAGCUCAGAUACUUUUCUUGGAGAGACAGCAGCAAAAUCAAAAGAGAGAGCUAAAUCAGAUAAGGGACCGUCUUUAUCAGGAACAGCAGUCCCAUUGCUCUGAGGUGGAAAGAAUGAGGAGAGAAAUCUCUGACCUGACAGAAGAGCUUCAUCAGAAGGAGAUUACUAUAGCAACUAUCAUGGCGAAAGCGGCUCUGCUGGAAAGACAGUUACAAAUGGAGUUAGAGAUAAAAGAGAAACAACAGAGGAUAGAUCUGACUAAGAAAGAACCCAAGACCUAUUGGGAUUCCUCAAAUAGAGCAUCACAUGAGAAUGAAAGGUUUCACAAUGAAUUUGUUAACUUGCCAAAGGACUCCGAUAUACCAUUGCUGGUGAAGCCGAUUCCGUAUUUUGGAACAAAUCAUGCCAAUCCAACAUCAGUAAUAAUGCAAGAGAAGAAAGAGAAACCUAUGGAGAAUGAAAAUGAAUGGACAACACAAUCCGCCACUUAUGAACACAGCAGAACCCAAAUUCCUACCUGGCAUGCCCGAGGUGAUAUUUUCAAUACUGAGAGCAGCUGUGCUUUGCCUCCCCAAGUACGAAGCAGAAGUCGUGAACCUAUCGCCGAUGGUAGAUCUCCAUCACCACCAAAUGUGUAUCUAGAACGCCAUGGCACCUACUUUCCUGAAGAACCUAAACCUGGUAUGUUACUGAAAUAUACCUAUGUUGCAGAAGCAAGUCAAAUGCCUUCCCCAGAGACCCUGCUUCCUGCAACCGUAACUGAGAAGUUCCGGCAAGAGGAAGAGAAACGUGCCAGAGACUUUGAACUGGUUUUAAACUCCCACAUUGAAGAACUCCAAAUGCAGUCAGAGAACACCCUAAAGAAAUACGCCCGUUUCAAGCAAAACCGACACAGAUGAGCCUGAAAAAAAAAAGAAAGUUAAAAUGUAGUGACACUCCCAGCGCCAAUCACCAGCUACUGUUUGUAUAAAAAAGAAAAAAAGAUUUGCCCUUAUGCAAAGACGUCUUUGUUAAUGUGAGAUUUUCUACGUAGUUUGGCUGAGGAAUUCAUUUUGACAUAAAUUAGGAUUAUUGUGUAUGAAAGAGGUCUAAAACAAAUCUGGAAAUUAAAUAUGAAAACUUGAAAACUAAAAAUGCAUAGCAGAUGUCCAUAUAUCAUACCCUUGUUUAAAAUGUGCAAUGCUCACAAACAACAACAACAACAACAUCCUAUAGUAGUGGAUAAUAACAGAAAACAAGUUGAGAAAGGGUUGUUGUGUGUUUUCCGGGCUGUAUGGCCAUGUUCCAGAAGUAUUCUUUCCUGUCGUUUUGCCCACAUCUAUGGCAGGCAUCCUCAGAGGUUGAGAAAGGUCCUAGACCUAUGUGUUGUCAUUGUGGAUCUACAUCUAUAUUGCAUGGGAGUUGUAGUUUGCUGAAGCACCAGCAGAGAAGGCUGAAGACUUUGUAAUGCUACAACUCCCAUGAUUCCAAAACAUUAAAAAAUGGCAGUUAAAGUGGUGUCAAACUGCAUUAAUUCUAUAGUGUAAAUACACCUUUGUAAUUAAAAAUUUUACAUCAUAGUUACAAGGCAUAAAUCUGUGUUCACGGAGUUACAUAGUGGUUGUACUGCAUCACCCCUUUUGUGAGUGUGUUUUUGGGGCUAGAGCUGCUCUGCUUAUACCUGAAGCAGCUACCUUUGUUUUCCUGUUCAACCCACACAUCUGAAGAUAGGCAGAUAGUAUGAAACACGUCUGUAGUGUUUCCUCCUACAACCUAUUAAAACUGUCAGGGAAGUUCCCAUCACUUGGAAACAUGGAAACAGAAAAGAUGCCAAGUUAUCUUUAUCUCAGUCUCAUUUCAGUGCCAGUUUACCUUAUCAGGACUUGGCUGGAACAAUGAGUCUUUCUAAAAAUCUAAUUAAUGUUGGCAGAACGAAACCUGCCUGCAAAUCUGGAGGAUGCUGUUGAAAGCUCAGAAUGGUCUGAUUCCUUGCCAAGCUUGUGGAGGAGGGACCCUGCAGUGUUGACCUACAGAUAGGCCAAAUGCCAAAAAGAACAGGACGUGUCUGGGGCUCUAGGGCCAUCAUGUUUGUACAGCCAAAAUAAAGUGGAUUCGCUGGGGAAGCCUACAUGACACAUGGGUGGAUUUGCAGCAGAAUCACUGUAUCCGGUUGUUAAUAUGUAUACAUGGAACAGGAUUUACUCCAGAGCAUUCUGGAAGAAGAUGGGAAAAUGUAGAGGAGGAAAAUGAGGAGGGAGGAUAAUAGGUCGAAGAUGAGGAAGGGAGGAGUUGAUGGGAGGUAGAGGAAGAAGAGAAAGGAAAGGGACAGGAAAAGGGCAGGAAGGGAGGAAGGAAGGGAAAGAUGAAGUAAGAGAAAAAGAUAGAUGGAAGAGAAAGGAAUGAAGAGAAGGAGAGGAUGGAGAAGGAGCAAGACGACACUGAAGGCACCACUAAGCAAAACCUCUGCAUGUUGCUCUGAAUUCCUUGGAGGAAGAGUGAUAUAUAACGAAGUAUACCCAAUAAAUAUUUCCAGCCUAUUCAUAUUU